AUGAAGAAAGUCUUUGAACAAGAAUUCAUUUAUAAAACUCAAAAUGAAGAUGAAGAAAAAAGCGAUGAGAAUUUGAAUGAACAUGAAAUAAAGAAUCAACCAAUCAUGGAAGGAGAUGAAAGCAGUGAAGAUGAACACAUGAAGAAAGAAAUAAAAAAUGAAAAACUUGAUGAAGGAGAAAGUUAUGAUUCAGAAGAAACAGAAUGUGACAAUAAUAUCUUGGGAAUUGAAGAUGAUGAAGACAAAAAAAGAGAAGUAGGAAAAAGAUUAAAAAAACCAUCACUGAAGCUAUCUUCUCCUUAUAAUAAAAAAGAGGUUUGUGCAUCAAAAUUUGUAGAUCCAGAUGAAGUAAAAGUAUCAGAUAGAAUUUUUUCCAGAAUUGGUAAUAGCAGUGAGAAGGUAUUUCAGACUAAGAGAGGUUAUGUGCUUGGAAGAGGAAUGAUUGAAACAAUGCAGGCAGGAUUAUGGGUACAUGCACAUGUCAUUGAUGCUUGGACUGAUAUUUUGAACUAUGAAGAAAAGCUUAAAUCAAAUUCUACAGUGAAUCGGUAUUUCUUUGAUACAUCAAUGGUGAGACAGUUCAUAUUUGACAAAUAUAUCCCUUUCAAUGAAAGAUUUGAUAAAUUUGAGUCAAAUAUCAAAGAUGCAAUGAAAAAGGACAAAGAACUUCUGACAUUUGAAAAAGUUCACUUGGUGUUUUUCCCAGUUCAUCAAAAAAAUCACUUUUACAUCAUCUGCAUAAACUUAGAGGAACCAGCGGUUGAUGUCAUUGACAAUAGGAAUUCAGUUGCAAAGUUUCCUAGAGCUUAUCGUGAUGCACCUAAUGAAUUGGUACUUGAUGAGGGUCAAUCACAAAUCAGCUUCAACUUUGGAGGGUGUUGA